UUAUCAAAUUAAUAAGAUUACUUCAAUAUGUAAUUGCCAUUACAUUAUUAUGCAAAAUAAACAUAGAAACUGGGUGCAGUUGAAAACAAUCGGUAACUAAAUAGUUAAGGUAGAUUAUUUCUAGAGUGCAUAAGACCCUGGUUUGUGCUUAUUUCCGUGACCAACUAGAACUUAAUUAGUGACGCAGAAGAUGAUUAUAAGCAAACAAGGAACAAGAGUCACAGUGCAGAUCACUAGAGCUCAAAGCUUUACAGCAAAUAGAAAAAAAACAGACAGCAAUAAACGUCCCUCAGGAAAUUGGGCUGUAAAUCUCUCACAGCUUCCAAGAGGCAGUUUCAAAUUCUGUCGCUCGUAGUUCAGCAAGGAGAAGCUCAUCCUGACCAGCAUCUGAGAGCAUCCAAAUCUCCCCAAGUGGAUGUCAGACUGAGCAGAAAACCUGCCAUUCUUCAGGGCACCUGCCCACAGAAAUGCCUACACCCUGCUCAGGCAAAAGAGUUGGCACCCAGUCAGACUGAGAACCCCAGCACUGGCCGAACAACAGAUCCUGAGUGGUGUGCGGAUGAUGGAGAGUACCAGUGUUCUUCACAACUUGAUCUCUGAGGAGGAAAUGGGAGAAAGCACGUCCAAGGAUUCACUGGGGAAUAUCUCAGUGGAGACCAAUUCUACCAGCUGCACCAUAGGGGGAAGGCAUGACUAUAUCUUCCUUAUGAUCCCCAUCAUAUACACCAUCAUCUUUGUUGUGGGAGUACUGGGAAACAGCAUGGUGAUGAUAGUUAUCUAUUGCUACCUGAAAUUGACGACAGUUGCCAAUAUUUUCCUGCUGAACCUUGCCCUGGCUGACCUGAUCUUUGUGAUCACCUUGCCCUUCUGGGCAGCCUACACAGCUAUGAGGUACCACUGGACUUUCGGAAACUUCCUGUGCAAGACCAGCGCCACUGUCGUGCUGCUGAACAUGAAUGCCAGCAUCUUCCUCAUCACCUGCCUGAGCAUGGACCGCUACCUCGCCAUUGUGCACCCCAUGAAGGCGAGGACCAGGCGCACCCUGGUCCACGCUUGGGUCGCCUGCAUCGGGGUCUGGUUCCUUGCUGGCUUUGCCAGCCUGCCCGCCACAUUCUUCCGCAGCACGUCCCACUACGACAGUUGGAAUCGAACUAUUUGCGCUUUCGAUUACCCGAAGGACCACAAGAAGCAGUGGAUAUUUGGCAUGGCACUACUGAAGACCCUUCUGGGGUUUCUAAUCCCACUCUUCAUCAUCCUGAUUUGCUAUUCCCUAAUCAUCAAGAGCUUGGUGCAGACGUACCAGAUUAGACGAAACAAGCCAGCAAGCAAUGAAGCGUUUAAGCUCAUCAUUGCCGUUGUCGUGUCAUUCGUUUUGUGCUGGCUUCCAUUCCAAGUCUUCACAUUCUUGGACGUGCUCUCCCGCUUGGAGAUCAUCAAGAACUGCCGCAUCCCUGAAAUUGUCGACACCUCGAUCCCCUUCACCAUCUGCAUGGCUUACUUCAACAGUUGCCUCAACCCCAUCCUCUAUGGCUUUGUUGGCCACAACUUCAGAGAGAAGCUCUUCCUGUUCCUGAGGUGCAUACCUCCCGAGAUCAAGCCGCACCCGAGUCUGUCAACGAAACUGAGCUCAUUAUCGUACCGAACCAUCGAAUCACUGACAAAGCAAAUGGACAUCUCGAGUGCAGUGUAAGCUAGCUUUCUAGUUUGCCAGCAUUCCCACGCAUGUUUAAAUUUCAUCACAGAUCUCCGGUGAGCUUGGACUGAUUGCAAAGCAGCACAGUGCUUUGCAAUAGAAAACUGUGGUUCUGUCCCUAGAUUCACACUUGUAUAUAAAACUUCGGCAAGUGAAAACAGGAGCCUCUUCAAUUUGAACUUCAGCAGCUUGAGCAAGGAGAAGCAGGAAUGUAUGUAGCCCACAAAGCAAGAUGAUAUGAAAUUCCUGAGUUCAGAGCUGUUGCAGGUUCAAGUCCACCAGAAUGGAUUAGACCAUAUUUUCAAAUGAGGUUUUAUGACGGGAAAAUGGAUGUUUGUUCUCUUUGAAACAGCACCUCUCAGAACCUGACCUCUAUCACGGCAAGGGAGAAAUCAUCAGUCACGUGAAAUGCUCAACUCCUGCUAGUUUCCUUCCAAGUCACACACAGACUUGGAAAUCCCCAUUCCUGAUGAAGGGUCUCGGCCCAAAACGCUGGCUACUCUUUUCUCACGGAUGCUGCCUGACCUGCUGAGUUCUUCCAGCGUUGUGUACGUAUUCUUUGAUCCACAGCAUCUGCAGUUGUAUUUUUGUGUUCAGUCUUGGAAACAUGCUCCUUUUCCUUUAUCAUCACCGGUUCUAAGUUCUGGGACUCCCUUUGAAAGAGGACUGUGGCAGAACGUUUGUCAGAAGUUCAAGCAGGAAUUUGCUACCAACUUCUCAAGGGCAAUUGGGUUCCAAAUGCCCUCAGCUCUGAAAUAUAUAAAUUGUCCUAUCUAUCUAGAUGAAUGAUAAUUCUGUCAGACCUCCACCAGCUCCUCUUUACUGAGACUCAAGUUCAUGGAAUGAAGCAGGGUUCACCCAACCAAUAUGAUGGCAGGAUUCCAAUAUUGAUUCCUUGGUGCUAAUCAGCAGAACCAUCACAGUCUCCAACCUGGGACAAUGCUUCAUCCAAUCUAUUCUUCUCACAGCACCAUUUCAACAGAAAGGACAGUUUCUGCUCCUGAAUUCCCGGCAACCACAUAGGAAGAACCAACCUGGUCUGCGCUUCAUCCUAAUGAUCAUUCAUAGGACUUGAGACUGCAUCACUGAGCAGAUGGUGAAAUGGGAUUACAAGUGUCCUGUCCUCUGAUUUCUCCAAAGUAUGUUGCUAUCACAGACCAAAACUUGGUGAGGAAAGGUAUAGAGCUUCAUCACCAUUUUCCAACUAGAAGAGCACAUAGAGAGAAAGCUGGGUAUGAGAUUAUGACUUGGGUUUUGAUGUUCCUUUAGUUUGCUUUGAAGCUCAUCACAACCAGUGACAAUUAAUGUAUACUUACACUACACCUUUAACAAUAUAUUGACAUUGCAGUUUGAUUCUCAGGUGAACUGGUAGAACACUACACUGCAUAAGAUGGAAACCAGUAAGCCCAUUAAUUUCGUACCAGCCCUCAAAGCAUGCAAUCUAUUCUCUGAUAUAUACCCAUCAGCUCUCCCUCAUUUUCCAACAACACACUCAGUAUGAGGUCAAUUUACAACGGCCAACUAACCUGCCAACUUACCUAUCCAUGGAACGUGGGAGAAAACCGGAGCAAAUGAGGGACAACACUUCAUGUAGCGUACUCAAUGGUUCGGAUGGCUUUACUUGUAAGUGCAUUUUCAAAACUGAUGACUGAGCUUGGCUAAUAUGCAUUAUAAGAGACCAUUCAGCCCACUUCCCUGAGCCUGCAUGCUCAAAAGAUACAUGUUUGUGCAAUUCAAACCUAGUAUCCCAUGGCACUCAAAGAAUCUCUUUAAAGCUGUGCCUGCUGGUGUUUGAUAUUUCCACCCUAUGAAGAGGACUGACUUUCCACGUAUAACACUUGCAUGACCAAUGACUGUGAAUAAGUGAUAAAGAAAACAAGAUUUGCGUGUGAUACUGUCAAUCACUGUAUUUAUAAGGGGAAAAAAAAAACAGGGUCAAACGUGGUCCAUUUGCCUACUCAGUCCCGCUUUGCCAUUUACUACUGAUCAUCCAGCUCAAUGCUAUAUUCCCACUCUCUUCCCUUGCAGCUGGAUGCCCUUCACAUUGUUAGAACAUGUUGACGUGUUUACUCUGAAGACUCUGUGUUUGGGAAUUCCUCCCAGAAAACUUUAAAGGAAGACUUACAGCAUGUAAUUUUAUGAUCUUCACCCCAUGAAACUACAGCACUGCCUGCCAUUUUGUAAGCUUUCAGCUAUUGGCAUUGUACAGUGUUGGAGUAUUUGAUCAUUUCUCAUGUCUGGUUCGAUUUGGUAUUGCCUUUUGUAAGCACACAGCUCGUAAAUAAAAUAUUCCUUCAAUUAUCACCAUUUAUAUUGAAUAAAGCUAUUUCAAUGUGCUAUGACA